CACUCAGUCUGUACAUCACUGCUGUCUCGAUUUAAAAAAUAUACUAAUAAUUGAAACCCCCGUGUGGACUGACACGACUAUCUGAGCGGCGUUUUUUACCGUCUGUUCGCUUCUCCAGUCUCUCUGCGCACACCUGAACACUGAACAUGAUACUUUCUAGGAAUUCCCUAACUUUCAGAGUCGUGUUGCUGACAUGGUGGAUCCACCACUGCACUUGGCGCACGGGUGAAGCAAUCCACCCAGUAUGUACUCUUGUGGCUCAGCAUAUGAAGGCUCAGGAACAAUGCAGAAACACACGUCAACAAGAGCAACGCAACAGAACUGCAAUGACUGGCUGCCGAACAGAGUGGGACGAGAUCCGUUGCUGGUACAGAGCUGAAGUUGGGGAAGUGGUUAAUGUCUCCUGCUCUGAAGUUUCCCAGCUCUUUGCCAACAACAAUGGUUACAUAUCACGGAACUGCACAGUAAACGGCUGGAGUGACCUUUACCCAACAUAUGAGAAUGCUUGUAUAUUACCCACAGUAGAAGGAACAGAGACCUCAUAUUUUUCGACGUUCAGACAGGCAUACACCGUAGGCUACGCUACCUCUCUCAUUUCCCUCAUAUCAGCCAUCUUUGUAUUUACAGCAUUCAGGAAAUUCCAUUGUACAAGGAAUUACAUCCACAUCAACCUUUUUUCCUCCUUCAUCCUGAGAGCUAGCGCAGUCUUUAUUAAAGAUGGUGUCCUCUUUACCGAUGAAACCCAGGACCACUGUUUCAUGUCUACACCAUCAUGUAAGGCAGCAGUGGCCUUUUUCCAGUUUAGCAUCUUGGCUAACUACUUCUGGCUUCUGGUGGAGGGCAUGUACUUACAGACCCUGCUGGCUCUCACGUUUGUCUCACAAAAAAAGUAUUUGUGGUGGUACAUCCUUAUUGGCUGGGGCCUUCCAACAAUAGUCAUGACUAUUUGGGUCCUGGCUAGGAAUUUCUAUGAUAACACAGGGUGCUGGGAUGACCUAGACAUUGCCUACAUUUGGUGGAUUAUAAGAGGACCAAUAACAAUAUCUCUCCUGGUGAACUUCAUCAUUUUUAUCAACGUGAUCAGGAUACUUGUAGAGAAGCUGAAGUCUCCUGGAGUUGGAGGCAGUGAAACCAGUCACUUUAUGAGGCUGGCAAAGUCCACUUUGUUCCUGAUCCCGCUCUUUGGCAUGCAUUACAUGGUGUUUGCCUUCCUUCCAGAGGGCACAGGGGAGGACGCUCGUCUCUACAUUGAGCUUGGACUGGGCUCAUUUCAGGGUUUUGUUGUGGCUCUAUUAUAUUGUUUUCUCAAUGGAGAGGUGCAAGCGGAGCUGAAGAAGCGACUUUGGAAAUGGCAGAUGCAGGGUUAUAUGAGUUACAGUAAGCGGAGGCAAACACUGUCCACAGAGAGCAGCACCGUCACUCAGAUUUCUGUUCUGGAAAAAUCCAGCCCUAAGGAGCAGCCUUCAGCUGUGCUCAAAAACAACAGCUCACUGGUCUGAGGACAUUGUCUCUUCCUGUCUCUCUUGUCUUUACAGGAUUUUGUUUUGUUCCAUAUAAUAGUGUAAUAACAAUAUAGACAAAGUCAUAAAAUGAACAAAGUCAUUCAUACCAAGAGUGUUAGUAUUAAAGUUAUAGUGCCAUUUUUUAUAAAAGAGUACAAAUUAUAUUCAUAGAUUGGAUUCAAUCAUAAUUCGAACAUAAUUUGGUGACAUUUCACAAUAUAAGGGGUCAGAUAUAGACAUUAUUCCACUGAUCUGUUAGUGGUGAAGAAAAUUUUUUUUAGAACUGCGGAUCUGGGUGAUCUGAUUGCAAGGCAAAUCACAAGCUCAUAAUGAUCUGGGCCCGGUUUCCUGAAAGCUUCUUAUGGCUAAGUAGUCCUUAAGUUGUACCUUAACCUCUCUCUUAACGUUAUGGCGCUUAUAACGGUAUAUAUCUUGGGUAAGUCACAUGUUCGUAAGGUUGUUCUGGACCAACCUUAACUCACCCUUAGCGUUGUUUCAGCUCAAGACGCUAGUCGCCACCACUGUGCAACAGUCUUUAUAAAUCAGCGGUGUAUGCAAGCACAUUAGGGCACGUUAUCAAAGUUGUAACAAUAAUAGAAUAUACUGUAGGCCUGUUUAAGAUUUUUAUUUUAUUUGAUAUAAGAAAUAAUAGAGUGACUUUUAAUUAGCCUUAUUUCAUAAUAUGACUAAUGCAUUAAAAUUGGCAAUCACUUUUAUUUUGAACAGGUGGCUAACAAUUUGGCUUUAAGUGGCUAAGAUUGUAUAAAUGGGUAAUCAUGGUGGCGUCCAGAAUGUUACAAGAGUGUUAUUGUGCUAAACCGAAGACGGCGCCGUCCGCGGAGCCAAUGGUUCAUGUAAAUUUUUUCUUUAGGC